CCCAGGACCGGGCACGAGAUGCAUGGCCGAGGGGUUAUCCCCUGUCGUCUCCCCUCUGGUCCGUCGGAGAGCGCAUAUGUAUUCCUGGACCUGGCCCGUAGACCGACUAGUUUGGCCUGAGAUCAUGCUGAUGCGGUUGUUGAUUUGUUCGCUCUGCUCCAUAGGUCAAUUGCUGCCAGCCGACGGUUCUCAUUUCUACUGCGCGUUGCCCGGCUUUCGGUUUCCUGGCCAGCAGCAAUCACUCAUUCACCAGUGCGCGGUUUUUGGUCGUCUGCUUAUUUUUAGUCUUUCGUCGCCACUGCUUCCUCAGUAGCAACUUUUCUCUUAUCUGACUUUUCGUGAAACACAUCCACCCUGUCAACAUGUCGAUCUCCUCCAUUCGAGGCCUUUUGUCGAGUUAUUCUCCCGUGUCCGAGGAAUUCACUCAGCCCGAUCUGGAGAAGGAAUACCACCUGUCUCUGCGGAAUGCCGACGAUGGCGAGUCCAGCUCGACCCGAUCGGUCUGCCAGGAGCGAGCGGAGAAGAAAGAGUCCAAAUUCGUCGAUGGACGGAUCGUGUCCGACGCUAUCAUCGGUCUUUCCGAUGGUAUGACGGUGCCGUUUGCUCUGACGGCCGGCUUAUCAGCACUGGGGGACACCAAAGUGGUGGUCUUUGGCGGAAUGGCUGAACUGAUUGCGGGGGCCAUCUCCAUGGGCCUGGGCGGUUAUCUCGGGGCAAAGAGCGAGGAGGAAUCCUACCGUGCAACGUUGAAAGAAACUAAACAAGAAAUCCUGACUGAUCCGGCUUCCGUGACCGAGACUAUUUCCGAGGUUUUUGCGCCAUAUGAGUUGCCCUCGGAGUUGGUUGGAGAGCUCACGCGACACCUUUCCUCUUCCCCCAACCUGCCCGCCUUUCUCAUGAACUUUCACCACACCGUCCAAGAACCAUCCGGAUCUCGUGCUUUUGUCUGUGCCUUGACCAUUGCGCUGGGAUACUUUAUCGGUGGCUUCGUGCCUCUUCUGCCAUACUUUUUCGUCGGACCCCACGAUGCAUUCGCUGCCUUGCGUUGGUCGAUUGCCACGAUGGUCGUUGCGCUGUUCCUGUUCGGCUAUGGCAAGACCUGUUUUGUGAGCGGAUGGAAGGGACGUCGUAACAUUCGACGAGGCAUCAUUGGAGGGUUGCAGAUGAUUCUGGUGGGCGGCAUUGCAGCAGGUUCUGCGAUGGGGUUGGUGAAGGGGUUCCAGAUGCUAGCUGACGCCCACAGUCACGAGCAUUGAUUCAUUCAUUUCGGCAUGGCGUUGUGGGACUAAAAGGGUUCGGAAUGGCGUUGUAGGUCACUUAAAAUUGGGACAUGUUGAUAGACCUAUCAUCAGAAUUGGGUUGAGCUCGUGAAUUAAUUCAUUGGGUUGGUUUGCAAAUGAGAUAUUUUAUAGGAUUGCGGAGGUUCCUGCAUCACAGGAAUGUAUGCAAUCAGGAAUCAAUCGCGAUAUGAAGA